AUGGGCUCACCAUCCCCAUUCCCCCGCAUCAAGGAGAUCCGGUCCUUCAUCAUCGAGGGAGUCGGCUCCGGCGGCGACUACCACAAUGUCAAAGGCGGCCACUGGCUCGUCGACAGCGACAUCUCCACCCCAAUGACCCGCUGGCCGCAAUACCGAGGCUCGCGCACAUCCUGGGGGAUCAACGUGCUGGGGUCCUUCUGCGUCGAGAUCGAAGCCACCGAUGGCACGAAGGGAUUCGCUACGGGGUUCGGGGGUCCACCUGCUUGCUGGCUGGUGCAUCAGCAUUUUGAGCGGUUCUUGCUGGGGGCUGACCCCCGCGACGUCAACGACCUCUUCGAAAAGAUGUACCGCGCGUCCAUGUUCUACGGCCGCAAGGGCCUCCCCGUGGCAGUCAUCUCGGUGAUCGACCUCGCGCUGUGGGAUCUCGUCGGCAAAGUGCGCCAGGAGCCCGUGUACAAGAUGAUCGGGGGUGCGACGCGGUCCCGACUCGACUUUUACUGCACGGGGCCGCAGCCAGGCGCCGCACAAGCGAUGGGAUUCUCCGGGGCCAAGGUGGCGCUGCCACACGGACCAGAUGAGGGCAUCGAGGGACUCCGCAAGAACGUGGCCUACCUCCGCCAGCAGCGCGACAGCGUCGGGCCGGACUUCCCGCUUCGCGUAGACUGCUACAUGUCGCUGACGGUGGGGUACACGAUUGAGCUGGUAAAGCGGUGCGAAGCGGCGGGGAUCGACAUCGACUGGUGGGAGGAGUGUCUGUCGCCGGAUGACGUGGAGGGCCACGCGCUGCUGAAGCGAGCGCACCCGACGGCGCGGUUCACGACGGGGGAGCACGAGUUCUCGCGGUAUGGGUUCCGCAGGCUGGUCGAGGGACGGUCGCUGGAUAUCGUCCAGCCGGACGUGAUGUGGGUGGGAGGACUGACAGAGCUGCUGAAGGUGUCUGCGCUGGCGGCGGCGUAUGAUAUCGCCGUUGUGCCGCACGCGUCGGGGCCCUACUCGUACCACUUUGUGGUGUCGCAGCCGAAUACGCCGUUCCAGGAGUAUCUGGCAAAUUCGCCCGACGGACGCACUGUCGAGCCCGUGUUUGGGAAUCUGUUCCUGAACGAGCCGAUUCCUGUACGUGGCUAUUUGGACGUGUCAGUGCUGGAUAAGCCUGGGUUUGGGCUGGAGUUGAAUCCGGCCGCGCCGUUGAUCGAUGCUAGGCGGAUUUUGACUCCGGCGCCGCUGAAGGAGCUGGCGCCUCCGGAUGAGGCGGGUGCUGCUAAAUAA